GCAUGUGAUCAGUUCGCUGUUCUUUAACCAGGGAGCACUUCUGAGCUCCCAACCAGAUGUUUAAUAAACCAGCGAGAGUGACGAGAUGUUACCGUUCGUUCUCUUUUUUGUCAACAUUUGCCUCGGUCAGCCGGAGUCCGCUGUGGAUUCGUACGUUGCGGCCGUGUACGAGCAUAAUUUGAUCCUGAACCCGGAGCCUCACGUGCCUGUGUCCCGCCACGAUGCCCUGCUGCACAUGCAGAGAAACCUGGACGUGUAUGAAAAGCAGGCUGGGCUGGCUGCACAACAAGGCGCUCAGAUCCUUGUGUUUCCAGAAGACGGCAUUCACGGGUUCAACUUCACCCGUUCAUCCAUCUAUGGCUACUUGGAAACCAUUCCUGACCCACAACAGGAGAGCUGGAACCCCUGCGCGGAGCCAGGCAGACACAACAACACUGAGGUCCUCCAGAGGCUGAGCUGCAUGGCCCGUCGCUUCAACCUCUACUUGGUGGCAAACAUGGCUGAUCUCCAACCCUGUCCCCCGAACACAGACCUGUCCCCAGCAUGUCCUUCUGAUGGGCGCUGGCAGUUCAACACCAACGUGGUUUUCAAUUCUGAUGGCCUGCUGGUGGCACGCUACCAUAAACACAACCUCUACUUUGAGGCGUCCUUCGACACACCUCCACAGCCAGAAAUCAUCACAUUUGAAACACCUUUCGCCGGGAGGUUUGGCCUCCACAUCUGCUUCGACAUCCUGUUCCGAGAACCGACAAUAGCUCUUGUGGAAGAGGGUGUCCGACAGCUGAUCUUCACCACGGCUUGGAUGAACGAGCUCCCACUGCUGGACUCGGUUCAGUUUCAACGGGCGUUCAGCGCCGGCGCCAACGUSACUUUGCUGGCCGCCAACCUUCGGAAAGACCCACGCAGGAUGACAGGAAGUGGCAUCUACACCCCCUUUUCUGCCACCUACCACCACGCUAAGAGGGGAGACCCAGAGGAGGGUCGGCUGAUCGUGGCCAGGGUGCCGGUCUUAGACCCACUGUGGGGGAGACGGAGCACGGACGUAGACGUGACUGGAUCCGCACCAACAGUGGCUACGACCUCUGCGUACUGUCACACAGAGAGCUGYGCCGAUCCUCCCGUUUACCGCACCUUCACGUCAUCCAUGAUGCACGACCCGUUUAAAUUUGUCCUCCUAAAAGAAACAGGAAGUGACCUCACGGUGUGCGACAGCCCCUUGUGUUGCCACCUUCAGUACAAGUGGACGGUACACAAACCCGAGGAGCUGUACGCACUGGGAGCAUUCGCAGGAAUGCACGUCGUGAACGGACGUUACGCCCUGCAGGUGUGCGYGGUGGUCCGCUGCGCAGACCUCGAGCCCAGCUCCUGCGGGCAGGUCGUUGAGGAGGCCGAGUCAAAGCUGGACUUCUCGUUGGAGGGGCGCUUCCAGACCAGAUACGUGUACCCUUCGGUUCUGGCGAGCCGGAUGGUCCUGGAGGAGCCCGAGAAGCUGGAGAAAAGCGCAGAUGGGAGAGUGGCGAUGAAACACUCGAGCGUGACCGGGGGCCUGGUCACGGCCUGUCUGUACGGACGAAUGUACCACCUGGACGGUCYAGAAACACCGCCGGCAGAGUUUCAUUAAAUUUGGAGCAUUUGCACAAACCUGCUAACAACUAAUCAGGAAUAACCAUACACUGAAAUGUGAUUGAAAUCAUUAAAGGAGACAUACGCAUUUAAAUCCUAAAAAACUGUAACGCUUUGGUCUGAAUUCCACCCUAUUGUAACUCCACAAGCCCCCCUUUCAUCUCCUUUUCUGAGGUAUGCAGAUCAACUGUUUUAAGGCUGUCUCUUUAAACCCAAACAAGGUGCUUUAUGACUCAGAGUCUUGGAUACACAAACUAAAUCAAAACAAAUCUGUUUAUUCAUUUGUUACUUAUUCUUUACAAACAUUGCACCAAGUAUCAUCCAACCUCUGCCUGAAAUUUGCAUAAUCCUAAAAAGGCAAUAUUUAGUAAGGUCUUUCUUAAUCGCUCGCGCUCUCUCUUGGUCACACACUCACACACACAACCACACACACCGUGUCACUACUUUCCACCGUCUCCAGCACAGAAAACAAUCAUUAAAUAGUUACAGCAUUGCAAGAUAACGAUCACACAGGUCGUUUGUUCAGGUUCAAACAGCUGUACAGGAAAUAGGUCUGACAUCUACCUGCUGUCAGGAUCAGCUCUUAAAAGACAUAAAUACAAAGAAUUCAUUAACGACUGGUGGCUUCGUAAUCUACACAUUAUUAAUGUUUCUGACAGUCAUUAGUGUCUGCCACGACAGCUGAAUGAGGAACUAUAAAUAAAAAUAAAACAAUUACAAGAAGGAAGAAAAAAAA